UACCUAUUUGACGUAUCGUAUGUUUGUGUUGUAAUGAUCAGUGAUCAGUGUACUUGUACAGAUCACGUUGCUUCUUGCGGGCCAACCGUUUUUCAUUGCGCGAAUUGCUGCCAAUGUAAGUGCGACGUUGAAAUGCCACAGACGAAACCGUACCCCAUGGCAUUAAUAUCGUAUGAUGUCCAAAGUUGGUUUAAAAGAGGCUAAGAAAGUGCCAGUGAAAGAGUGGAAUGGCUCUGGUCCGGUCACAAGCCCGUUCCGAGACUGGAAGCGACCCGACCUGGUCAGUCGCUGUACAUACCACCAGUCCAAAACCAAGCAAGACUCACCUCAUUCACAGAUAAAAAAUGGAGAAUGUCCCUCUAUCUUACCCAACAUCCUCUAUAACAUCGGCAACACCCCAUUGGUGCGAAUUAACCGAAUCACACAGAAGGAAGGAAUAGAGUGUGAUCUUUUGGCCAAGUGUGAGUUCUUCAAUGCUGGAGGUAGUGUGAAGGACAGAAUUGGGUUACGUAUGAUUGAGGAUGCUGAAAAGAUGGGUGCACUCAAGCAAGGCGAUGUAAUCAUUGAGCCUACCUCUGGCAACACAGGUAUUGGUAUUGCGCUGGGGGCAGCUGUCAAGGGCUACAGGUGUAUCAUAGUCAUGCCAGAGAAGAUGAGCAUGGAAAAGGUGGAUGUUCUUCGAGCUUUAGGUGCUGAGAUUGUGCGUACCCCUACCAGUGCUGCCUUUGACUCCCCAGAGUCCCACAUCGGGGUGGCGAGGCGUCUGAUGGAAGAAAUACCAAACUCUCACAUCUUAGAUCAGUACCGAAAUGCCAGCAAUCCAUUGGCUCAUUAUGAUGGGACAGCAGAAGAGAUUUUAAAAGCUUGUGAUGGUCAAGUUGACAUGGUGGUGAUGGGGGCUGGGACAGGUGGCACUCUCACAGGUGUGGCUCGUAAAGUGAAGGAGGCCUGCCCCAACUGUAAGAUUAUUGGAGUAGACCCCAUGGGGUCUCUGUUAGCAGAGCCAGACUCUCUCAACAUUAGUGACACCAGCUUCUAUGAAGUGGAAGGAAUUGGCUAUGACUUUGUCCCGACUGUCCUGGACAGAAGUUUGGUAGACAAAUGGUACAAGUCUGUAGAUAAGGAAUCAUUUGUGAUGGCGAGGAGGUUGAUGAGAGAGGAAGGAUUACUCUGUGGGGGCAGCAGUGGAACGGCCAUGGCGAAUGCUUUGAAGGCAGUCCGGGACUUUAACCUGAAGUCUGGCCAGAAGUGUGUGGUCAUUUUGCCAGACUCAGUCAGGAAUUACAUGACAAAGUUUUUGAGUGAUGAUUGGAUGAGUCAGAGAGGCUUCAUUAAGAUAGAUGAAAACAUUGAGGAGUCUCAAGCCUGGUGGUGGAACCUGAAGGUCAGUGCCCUGCGUCUUCUUGCUCCACUAACAGUUCGCCCAGGUGUGACCAUACAGGAAACUCUGGACCUGCUGAACAAGGAAGGCUUUGACCAGGUCCCUGUCGUGGAUGAAUCAGGAACUGUGCAAGGCAUGGUAACCGUUAGCAACAUGAUGGCCCAAAUUGUCAAGAACAAGGUCAGAGGGUCGGACCCUGUCUCCAAGGUUACCUACAAACAGUUCAAACAGAUUUCCAUGGACACCUCCCUGGGGCAUUUGUCCCGGUUAUUGGACACAGAUCAUUUUGUUCUCGUUGUCCACGACCAAAGACAAUAUGCAGAAAAUGGUGUGAUUGAAAAAAAAGUUAUGAUCUUUGGCAUAGCCACUCGUAUUGACCUUUUGACCUUUAUCACAACUAGGGGCAAAUAUGAAUAGGGCCCUAAUGUUUGAUACUACAAACACAAUAAUAACAUAGGCACCUUUGUAAAAUGUCAGUAACAAAAGUAGUGUAUUAGCCUUUGAACUUCAAACUAUAUAUCUGGAAGAAAAGAGGACAUCUGUAAUAUUUUAAAAACCGAUGAGAAGAAAACUAUUUGCACGCAAUGUGCAGUUUCGGUGUAUGUUUCGUUGUUGGGUUUGCAUUCUGUACUUCAUUUUAACCCCUCAGAUUUUCCACAUAUGACAUGUAUUAUCCAUAUCCUUUGUUGUAAAAUGUGGUCUGGAUUUAUGGUAUUAGAGGUGUAUCUUUGCAGGGUUUUUUUCUGUUUUCUUUGAGUUUUUUUAAGUUUACUAUGUUACCUAAGAUUAGCCUUCCUACGCACUUUAUUCUGGCAUGGUUUCUUUCCACUGUUGUAAUUCUUGGGAAUAAGUUUAUCUACAUGUUCUUGCAUGUAGUUCGUAAGUUAAUUUCAGUGGAUUUGUAACUUGUACACGUUGUAUGGAUCAAGUGUGAUUAUUGUUGGACUCACCGGGGCCAGUCAAAUCGUGACCUGUGUGUUCAUUUUUGAAAUACAUACAAACAUAAAGUUAUCAGCUCAUACACAUGCCGUGUGCCGUAACACAUUGAACAUACAGGUAGAUUGUAAAUGUCUCAACUCUAUUCAUCUGGUGAGAUACAUCUCUUAGAGGCAAAUGCUGCAUGUAUUCCCCCUGCAUGUAUGUCCCUUUACAAGUCAACGUGAAAAUUUAUUGAAAGUUGAGUCUUUAACAGAACUAUCUUCUGUUCAAGAGACUGUUGUAUAUUUAUGGAAAUUAGGUGAUGAAGUUUUUGCUGAUUCAGUGGGAAGUUAUUAUUCCAUCAAAGAACAUGUGGCAGGAUAUAAAACAAGUAACAUUUCUACACUGUUGUUAGUUAUAUUAUUCAAGUUUUUAUGUGUAAUGUACAUCGUUUACAUGUAAAUUAAUUAUGAUUCGGCUUCAGUGGCAAACAAACUUUAAUAUGUGACUUCAGUCUAAAAUCAAGAUUUUUGUGUGUAUUUUGCAUUCAUGGAAGCAUUCUAUCAAUUUUUCAAUUGUUGGAAUUUUUUUACAGUUUCAAAAUGUCUGGAUCUCUAUUCCAGCAUGUUUUAUCAUAGUCUUUAUUAUUUUGCUAUUUUGUAAACUACAUUGUAUACAAACUGUAGAUUUGAACCGUAUUCACUCUCUGAAGGCAGGUGACAAUGUGCCAGUAUCAAGGGUACUACCAUUCUUGUACACUUGUUUUAUUGAUAUAUUUGAAUUCUGCCAUGACAGUUUACAUGUACUUGCAAAUGAUUAUUUGAAUUUUUUGAAUGUUUCGUUUUUUGUUUUUUUUUUUGCAAUUGUGUGGUGUUACGACACCGGGUUCCUUAAAAAACGCACACAUGUGUAAGCUCCCUUACAAAGUACACUAUUGUUUAUGACCAGUGGAUAAUGACGCAUUAUUUGUUGAUUGUUAUACCUCAUGCCAAUAUUAAAUCACGCCUCGUAUAUUUGGCCAGAAUAAUAUAUCAUAUCUGAUGUCAACAUUUCAUUGCUGUUACUGACAUAACUCCAGGCGAUUUAUACCAAUAAAAAUACAGCCAAUAAAUGCAAUGUAUUGUACACAAUGUGCACAUUGUUUUAUGGCAUUUAUGUUAGUAAUAUCUAAUGCUAAAUUAAAGAACAUGUUUGCUAAUGAUUUAUGAUAUAAGACUUCAAAUUUCAUCCAUGAGCUGUUCGUUUAGCCUUUUACGCAAGUCCCAGUUAAAUGGUUGUCAUGGAAACCCUCUAAUCUGCCAAAAGUGGGUAUCAGGAUGUCUUUGUGGUUUUAAGUUUGUACUUGGACUAAAGAACAUACUUUACAAGUACAUGUAUGCAAGAAGUCAUUCAUGGAAGUCUAUCCUCUGUUCAGUUUCCUCCAUGUCUGACAAUAUUUGCCAAGAGAUAAACAAGUAAUCGGUCAGUUUCUCAAACAAGGGUCAUUGUUAUCAUUAAGAACUAGAAUAACACAUAACUUAUACCCUUCUUUAUCUGUAUUUACCAGUAUGACCUACACAUUAAAAAUUCAAGUUUUCUCCAUUACUUUUACUGUGCCUUAAUUGGUUGCUCUAGCUUCUUUGUUUUAUGGUUUCCAGCCUCCUGAGUUUUCCUAGUUACCAUUAGUUUCAUGAUACAUGUAGUACAUGUAGCAUCUAUGAGUUAACUUGCAAUCUCUGGUUAUUCCAGCAGCUGUGGCCAAGUUGCCUAUUCUUUCUUUCAAAUUCCCAAGGGUCCUGCAUGUGUCUUUAGAUUUUCCAAGGGUCCUGCAUGUUUCUUUCAAUUUCCCAAGCAUCCUGUAUGUUUCUUUGGAUUUCCCAAGGCUCCUGCAUGUUUCUUUCGAUUUCCCAAGGCUCCUGCAUGUUUCUUUCGAUUUCCCAAUGCUCCUGCAUGUUUCUUUUGAUUGCCAAAGGCACUACACUUUCUCGUAACAUUUCUAUUCUCUUAUACAUGCGCAGCAUUCUUUCCUUACCUGUGUAGUUUUCCCUAGCUAUUCAAGCAUAACACCCAUGUAUGAAAGUCACUGUUCCAGACACUUCCCUUUCAUUUAGAUAUCUCAGUUAUGUUUUAUUACUACAAUGCUGAUACGAUGGUGUACCUUUUCCUGCACUGUAGGGACUUGUGUCGAAGCUGAGUGGACCACUGUUCUCUUAUAACGCAUGAGUAGUACGUCACCAUGCAGGUUGUCCACAAGAAGUCUUCUCAAAGGCAGGAAUGAAUGGACAAUAGGUUACACUGCUUACACCUGAAAAACUUCAGGGAGGAAAUGUUUCCCCUGAAGUUCAGUCCAUGACUCUGACAAUUAAUUUUCAAGAAUCUUAUUUUUCCACUGCUCUUGGGGUAUUGGGGAUAAUAAGCAGUCAACAGAGCUUGUAGGGCUAUUUGAGGGCUGUUAGAUGGGCCUGUUUGAGAUAACUUGCUCUCCGCCAAUAUGUGCAUCACACAUGGGGAAGAUUAUUAGCUACUUACCAGAGGAUGAUAGUUUUACUCAGGGUGGGUAGGUAUAUAACACAACUCAGCAACACUGAUUCCAUUUAAACAGGCUACUUUCAGAGAGAUGGAAUUCAGUUACUUGAAUCAGAUUUGCUUGUGUUUGUUUUAAUGUCUUUUUUACUUGUGUUUUGU